AACAAGUGGUUUGAAGGAAUAAUUGGAAUUAUUACCUGCAAGUUGUUGAGGGCCAGUCCCUUUAUUCUUCCUGUUUUCUCUGUUUGGAUCCUUGUUGCCAUUGCUGUUGACCGGUUUUUUGCCGUUACUCGACCUUUCCAAUUUUCUCCUUUAUCUCGACAUUUCAAGAAAACAGUUGUUUUUCUAUGGGUUUGGUCAGCUGUGUCUGGGGCUAAUGUCCUCGCCCUAAUCGGCUUAAGAAAGGAAAAAACUUAUGAUUUUUGCGAAACAGGUGAUAAAGUAUAUUACGGGUGGAGAGAAUUCUCCCUCACUAGUCUUGUCCUGAACGUCGUUGUCCCUCUCGUUGCAAUCAUUAUUCUAUACACAAUUAUUUGCCUUAAACUAUGGGCACGCAAAGUUCCAGGAGAAGGAGCAAAUCAGAAUGAGCGGCAAGUAGAGGCCAUUAAAACAGCAAAAAAAGUUACCCGGAUGAUGAUUGCUGUGGUGGUUUUGUAUAAGCUGUGCUGGCUUCCAUACUUUAUCAUAAUGUUAAUGACCUUAAUUAAAGGGGAGUCUCAUUCAAUGAUCACGAGUGACCCUCCUACAGGAAAUAUUUAUUUAUAUUUGUUCAUCCUUUGGUCAACAAUUGCUUACAGUGCAGUUAAUCCAUUUGUGUAUCUCACUUUCAAUCAGAAGUUUCGCAAUGGGUUUAAACAUUUAUAUAAAAAUUUCUUAACCAAACCUCGAGGUAUUCUUCCCUUUCGAUCCCAAAAUGUAGAGUUGGAACAAAUAUGAAUCGUUUCAAAUUGUAAUACUGGACACGGACGAUAGCAUAAUUAAAAAAGGCAAACAUUAUUUUGUUGGGUAUAUAAAUUAGAGGAGCCUUUCUGGUUAUGAAAGUCAGCAGAAGUUAAUGAUGACCCUAUGUCACGGCGGGGGAACUCUCAUAUGAAAGGGACGGGGAUGCUCGUCGUCUCGCUUAGGGGUGUAAUUUCAGAUUUUGGUCUCGCUUCGGGUGUUCUGGGCUAAACACCGUUAUAUUUUAGAUUGCACUCGAAGAAAUAUUAAAAAAUUAUACAUUUUCAAUUCUUUUUAUUUACUAGAUUCAUGUAAUUAAAGUUUAAAAUGAUCGCUCAGUUAGGGGUCAAAAAAGGUUGGGCCACGCCCAGAUUGGUCUCCUUUAGGGGUUGCAUUCCAAAUUUCGACGAGCAUCCCCGCCCCUUUCAUAUGGGAUUCCACCCCCGGGCCCUAUGUAAGGGAAUCCAAGACAAUCUUGGACUCUGGAUUUUGCGUCAAUGAUUCUGGAUUAAAGGUUUUGUAUUCAGGAUUCUUUGUAAGUGGAACUUGGAUUCCUGAUUACUUAAGCUGUAUUCCGGAUUCCAAAGCCCUGGAGCGGGAUCUCGUACUCCCCCACAAGCAAAAAUUUUCCCGGCUUCCGGCGGAACCCGGAUUCUCUUACAUGGGGCUAUAAAUGAUGUUAGUAAACAGGUCAACAACUGUAUUUGCUGCAGUUUAUGUUUUGAGCUCCCUAAUGACAAGUGCAAAAUCUUUCGUUUUUGUCUCACAAAUUGAUAUAACAGAUUUUAAUCUAAUAUAGUCGUGGUAACCCGUCCAAAUGAGUUUUCUUGUAUAAUUCUCUUGUUGUCUUCUACGGCUGAUUUUCAAGCAAUUAUUUUGAUAUUUCAGUUAAUUCCAAUAUUGACCUACCCUUCCCCUAAGGCAACAUUUUGUCCUAAGUGAGAACUAAAUGUUAGUGUUGGCUUAGGGGAGGAGUAGGUAGGCAGUUUCGCAGAAGCGCAUAGUGAUCCGUAAGCUGUUGGUAUUGCUAAAUAGUGAUAUGUAAAUACUUAAGUUUUUUUAACAAUAUUUGUUGUGAAGAGUUAUCUGAAAAUAUUUCGAGACUGCUCUAGCUAAAUGUGAAAAGCGUCGACUUGGAAAUUAUCAUGAUUUUUAUAUAAGGUACGGCAGAUUUCAUUCUUGUUACUGCUAAAUAAACUCUCGUUAUCGAAUCAAAGUUACCUUAAAUUUAAGAAAAGAGGGUAUUUAUUUAACCUGCGAUCCUUUUUUUUUAAUUACAAAUUGAACAUAUAUAAUACUGCGUGCUGUUGUUUUUGAAAACAGAAAAGCCUACCUUUUUCAGCCUUUUUCUUUCCCUCUAAUUAAUAUAUCACCGCAGGCAUGCUGUUUCAAAGAGACCUUUUAAGGAUAAAAAAGACUGCACGUUUUAAUUAAGAUACUGAUAUUGGACAAACAGCAAGGCACACUCAGACUUAACUUAAUUCAAUUUUUGCCCUUAUAUUUAAUUAAAACUGACUGAUUUUCUCAGGUUUCUCCUGAUAUAGGAAAUGGUCAUGCAGAGGCAUUGUCAAGUAAUGGCCACUACAGUCAAUACAGUAGUAUGAACCCCGCUAAGACCUUUAUCUUGGGAGAUAAAAGAACAAAAAAUCCAUGCAAAAACAAAAACAAAAAUGUCAUUGUUUUGUACAGUUGAGCAGAAAAGUUUUCGGCUGAAAAGGAUCAGAAGAACCUGCUGUUUCUAGCCUGCCAAAGCACGACCCGAUAUGAGACCAAUUUUCAACAGCAGCCUCGAUUUUCAGCCACAAGGUACUAAAUGUCCAAUUCUCACCAAGUAAAAGAUCUCUCGCAAAAUUGGGAGAUAAAUAUGGGCUACGAGGAGUUUACUUUAUAAUUACAUUUUCCCCUACUCAAUUGUAGACUAAGGAAAGCAUGCAAUAGCAUUAUCUAAUUUCUAGGCAUGCACCCACUUAAAGGAAGUUUUAUAAAUGUUGGUUAUAAACAAUUUGUAGUAAACGAUCAAGUGCGAGAAAGAUCAUUUGGCAAUUUUAUUUCGUAACAAAGCUAUCUUUCUCUCUUUGUGAACUGGUAGCACUCACCAGAAAAAAGCUAUUUUAAUUAAAAAGUAGUGUUUACUUCAUCAGUUCAGAGUUUAAUAAAUAUGAAAGCAUCUUAGUUUUGAAUGAGUUGGUAGUUAACUGACAGCUGUAAAGCAAACUCCUUUGACUGAAAUCCUGCAACCAUCACAGUAGCAAAAAAUAAAAUAUUUAUAAGGUACUACAUUCUACAUAUUCUAUUACCAGAGAAGAGGCACGGGUGUGGGCUACCUACGGUUUAAGUUAUAUAGGUAUAUGCUGAAUUAAUUAAGGAGUAGUUUUUGAGCUGUUUUGGUCUGACAAAGGUUUUGGAUUUCGCCCAUUAUGAUCUGAAAUAGGUAUGGUUCUUAAGGAAACAUAUGAAUGUAUGUGUCUUUACAGCUCAGCAAGACCUUGGUCGCCCAAUACAAAACGUUUUAAUUUAUAAGGGGGCAUAUUCUGCGCACCGCUGUACCUCACUGGUCUAGAACGUGGAGUACUUGCUAACUGAAAUAUGCUUUUGGAAUUUCUGAAAAUUAUAGGGUUUUUUAUACAUUGUAGUCAACAUCUGUCUUCUCAUUGGCUAAAAGCCUACAGUUAAUUCUGGGAAACAGCGCAACCUACAGAUUAUUUCACUAAUCUGUACCUACAGAUUAGUGAAUAAUCUGUAGGUUGCGCGCGCAAUGCGUGAUUUCCAAGAGCAAUGUCAAGUGCACGGACAGCAAUGUCAAGUUCACGGACAGCGAAGUAAGAAUGGCUUCUCGAUUCGCUUCAUCGACCCAGCAAGAAAUUGAGAAAUUACUUGAAGAUAAAGUAUAAUAAAACAAUUAUUAGAUUCGGUCUUUGUGAUAUCCGGAAUAAUCAAGGUCUCGGUUAGUGUUAUCAGCCUUAGCCUUCGGCUGAUAACACUUACCUCGACCUUGAUUUUUCCGGAUAUCACAAAAACCUCAUCCAAUAAUUGUUUAUAGUCAGUUUGUUGAUCACGUGACCAACAGUGCGUUGAACGCAAACUGGUCGAGAAGCAACUGAAGCCAAGGCCUGUUACACAUUUCCUGGCUGCUAGUGAGGUUCCUCUACUAGAAAUCAUUUUUAGGUACCCUUUAAUUCAUCGCCCUUUAGCGACUCUAUGCACUGCACAAUUGAGAAAAGAUCAUAAGGUCUUCUACAUGAUAACCAGCGUAUAACGCAGAUUCUAAUGGGUUACAUUUAUCUCAGCUGGCCUAACAAAGAAUUGUUUUGCUUAUAUGUUCAGAUAACAUGUCAACAACAGAUCAACAGUUACUUAGGCAGCUAUUGGCAAGUCGUUCCCUCAUUACAUUUUUGGUUUCAUUAUUUGGUAAUUCAGCGAUCAUUCAUAUUGUACGAAAAGACAAUUCUAUGAAGACCACAACGAAUUAUUUGAUUGUAAACCAAGCGUGUGCAGAUAUCCUGGUAACAACGACUGAGUCAUUGAAUGAUAUUACAUACUACUUCGAGGACAGGUAGUUUGAAGGAAUACUUGGAAUUAUUACUUGCAAGUUGUUGAGGGCCAGUCCCUUUAUUCUUUCUGCUUUCUCUGUUUGGAUCCUUGUUGCCAUUGCUGUUGACCGGUUUUUUGCCGUUACUCGACCUUUUCAAGUUUCUCCUUUAUCUCGACAUUUCAAGAAAACAGUGGUGUUUCUCUGGGUUUGGUCAGCUGUGUCUGCGGCUAAUAUCCUCGCCCUAAUCGGCUUAGUAAAGGAAAAAACUUCUGAUUUUUGCGAAACGGUUGAGAAAGUGUAUUACUGGUGGAGAGAAUUCUUCCUCACUAGUCUUGUCCUGAACGUCGUUGUCCCUCUCGUUGCAGUCAUUAUUCUAUACACAAUAAUUUGCCUUAAACUAUGGGCACGUAAAGUUCCAGGAGAAGGAGCCAAUCGGAAUGAGCGGCAAGUAGAGGCCAUAAAAACAGCAAAAAAAGUU